UCCUAAUUAGGCGUCCAGGAAAAGAUGACGCUCUCCGCGCAGUUGAGAUGCAACACGUGACCAGAGCCUGUCAUAAGCAGCCAGAUUUUCCAGGUUUUCUGGAGACAAAGAUAUGCAAAGCACAGCAAACUACCUAUGGCUGGUAUCAGAUCUUCUUGGACAGGGAGCUACAGCCAAUGUCUUCAGAGGAAGACACAAGAAAACUGGUGAUCUUUAUGCUGUGAAAGUUUUCAACAGUCUCAGCUUUCUUCGUCCUUUGGAUGUCCAAAUGAGGGAGUUUGAAGUGUUAAAGAAGCUAAAUAACAAGAAUAUUGUGAAGCUCUUUGCUGUUGAAGAGGAGACCAGCACAAGAAACAAAGUGCUUGUUAUGGAGUACUGUCCUUAUGGAAGCCUUUAUACAGUGCUGGAAGAAUCUUCAAAUGCGUAUGGCCUCCGGGAAGAAGAAUUUCUGAUUGUGCUUCGAGAUGUUGUGGCAGGAAUGAAUCAUUUACGUGAAUAUGGAAUUGUCCAUCGUGAUAUCAAACCAGGUAAUAUCAUGCGGACUAUUGGAGAUGAUGGACAUUCUGUAUACAAACUGACUGAUUUUGGUGCAGCACGGGAAUUGGAGGAUGAUGAACAAUUUGUUUCACUUUAUGGAACAGAAGAAUAUCUACAUCCAGACAUGUAUGAACGUGCUGUUCUCAGGAAAGAUCAUCAGAAGAAAUAUGGUGCUACUGUUGACUUGUGGAGCAUUGGAGUCACAUUUUACCAUGCUGCCACAGGCAGUUUGCCUUUUAGACCAUAUGAAGGACCACGUAGGAAUAAGGAAGUAAUGUACAAAAUUAUCACAGAAAAACCUCCUGGAACAAUAUGUGGUGUCCAGAAAUCAGAAAAUGGGAAAAUAGAGUGGAAUUCAGAAAUGCCCGUUUCAUGUAGUCUUUCCAAGGGCUUGCAAAUCCUGUUGACACCAAUUUUAGCAAAUAUUUUGGAAGCAGAUCAAGAAAAAUGUUGGAGAUUUGAUCAGUUCUUUGCUGAAACAAACGAUAUUUUGCAUAGAAUGGUAAUCCAUGUCUUCUCCUUGCAACAAGCCAGUCUUCAUCUUAUCUAUAUUCACAAACAUAUCAAGGCUACAGUAUUUCAAGACAUGUUGUUCCGAAGGACAAAUAUUGCUCCUCAGAAUCAGGAGCUGAUUUAUGAUGGCCGUCGCCUGGUGCUUGAUCCUAACAGGCAAGCUCAGAGUUUUCCAAAAACCUCAGAGGAAAAUCCAAUCUUCGUGGUAAGCCAUGAACUGGUCAGCAUCAUUGGGCUCCCAUAUGAGGAAUUGCCUACUCCUAAAUUGCCACCACGUUAUGAUUUGGAUUUGGACUGCAGCUGUGCAAAGACCACUGCAGGUGAUGUCAGCUACAUGUGCAAGAUUUCAAGUUCUCUUCUGCUGCAUCAAGAAUUAGUUAGAAAAGGAGUACGAAAUUUAAUUGAAAUCAUGAAGGAGGAUUAUAACGAAGUUGUGCAUAAAAAAUCAGAGAUUUUCCAAAUGUGUGAUUUCUGUAGUAGGAUUCUGGAAAAAACUGAGCAACUCUAUGAAGUAUUGAUGCAAGCCAGUCUGUUGUCAUCAGAAAUCAAAGAAAUCCCAGAAAUGAAAAAGACGAUCAUGUGUCUUUCUACUUCAUUGACAUCCUUGGACAGUACUCUUCAAGACUUAAAAAAACAACUUUUGCCAGGGGGUUUGCUGUCAGAUAAUUGGAUUCAGCAAGAAGGUACCCAUUAUGAAGACAGAAACCCUGAAAGAAUGAAAGUAAUACUGGAUUCCAUCACAGCGAUUUAUCAGCAAUUUAAGAAAGAUAAAGCUGAACGACGUCUGCCUUAUAAUGAAGAACAGAUUCAUAAAUUUGACAAGCAGAAACUUCUGUUGCAUUCAACAAAAGCAAGGACCUUAUUUAAUGAUGAAUGCAUCCAGAAAUAUCAGGUUUUUCUCUCAAAGGCAGAUGACUGGAUGAGAAAAGCACAUCAUAUAAGAAAACAUUUCCUCAGUCUUACAAACCAAUUCAUUAAUGUUGAGCAACAGGUGUCUGAACUACUGGAACGGGUUUGUGAGUUGCAGGAUAUGUUGCCACAGAAGAUCCUUCCAGUGCCAUCGAAUGAAAGAAAACCUCAAAUAUACCUCAGUCAGAACACCCUGGUAGAAAUGACAUUGGGUAUGAGAAAAUUAAAAGAAGAAAUGGAAGGAGUUGAGAAGGAGCUAGCUGAAAAUAACCGGUUUCUGGAGAGGUUCGGGACCUUGACCAUCGAUGGUGGACGGAUAUAACUUUUUAAAUACUUUCAUUUUUAAUUUCUAAAUGCUUUUUUUUUUAAAAAAGAUAACUUUAAUACCUUGUCUGCUUGAUUUACUCUUUAUGUAUAUAAUAUGCUAUAAAUAUGUAAAGAACAUUCCUUCUUAACUUUUCUGGCAAACUGUUUGUUGUUUCCAAUGUUGCAUAUAAAGAUGGCCAGUGACUGUCUGCCGUCUGUCUUUGGAGGAUAUUUAUGAUUGAGGAGGUGGUCAGUUUAUAAGACAUUUAGACUUGGCACACUUUGAUUGGAGAGGCAUAUAAAAAGAUUGUAGUAACAAUUAAAAACAUCUUUGAGAUACAACAAUUGUAAUAAAAAUGUAAAUACAUUUCAACCUUAAAACCACAGAUUCUGAAGUACUGCUCAUGUGAAGUUGGCUGUGUUUAUUAGUGUUAUCUCCACUAAUACAGGUGGCUUCCCCCUCCUUCUGAACAUUACUGUGAUUUCAUACACUUUACAUGGUAGCUUUGUAGCUUCAUACUCCUGUGUUAGCAAUGUGCCACUUUGGGAAGGGUAGUUCCCACAUUAUGUUGCAUAAAAUAGGAAGUUGGAAAAAAAAUUCAUAAAAACUUACAUGCUAUAAAAUAUGUUUACAUUUUUAAAAUGAAUAUAAAACUAUUGGGAAUGUUAGAAGUAUGUACUAUAUAUAAUACACUGAAAAAGAAAAAUCAUUUAAGAACUUGUUGAAAGUUGCAUAUUGACCUGAACAGUGGAUUCUUCAAGCAGACACAUUAUUCAUCUGAAGCAAAUUCAAAAUAUGGUGCAGACCUGCCCAAAUAUUAGCUUGAUCAAGAGAGACUGGCAGAAUUUUUUUUUUAUGUUUAUGGCUUAUAAAGCUUACAUAAAAUGAUUACACUGUAAUAUUUUGUACAGAAGAACAUUUAAGUACUGUAACUGUGUAGCCUUCUAUAUGUAUAUUAUUGAAUGCCAAAGUAAAAUCUGUGCUGUGUUACAUGACUGGUGUAUUCUGCACUAUUAAUGCUUCUAAUUAAAGGGCAAUUUACUGUUUUCAAAUACAUAGUGAGGAAAAAUAAAGUGAAUUUACAAUGUCAUA